CAACACCAUCAAACCAAAUGGAAGCAGGGAAUAAUAAGCGGCCGACUGCCCAAGUGUUUAAGGAUAAGGGCAAUGAAGCUUUUAAGAAGGCCGACUUCCAGGCGGCUGUCGAGCACUACACGGCUGCUAUUAAAGCGGACCCUUCCGAUCACAUUUUGCCAUGCAAUCGUGCAUUCGCCCGUUUGAAGCUACAGCAGUGGAAGUUGGCCGAAGCAGACUGCACGAAAUCGCUGGAACUCCUUCCUGAACCUAAUUGUAAGGCCCUCUUCAGGCGUGGGACGGCAAGGAGACAGCUCAAUAAAUGGAAUGAUGCACUCGCGGAUUUGAAGGCCGCCCUUGCAUUGGAACCCAAUAACGCUAGUAUCUGCGCUGAGUUAGAAGCCGUCAAGUCUCAUCUCCAGAAAGAUGCAAUAAUUCCAGAAACAUCAUCGCCACCAAACGCAUCAACGCCAAAUUCGACCGUCAGCUCUGAUUCUGAAUCAUCUAGUGCCAAUCAACCGACUCCAGGUCCCUCCUCUAGUACUGCUCUUACGGACAAGCGAUCCUCUGAUUCAUCCAACAGCUUGAUGAAAGAAGUUUCCACUACACGGUUCACUUCCUCGGAUCCCAAAAACUCCACAACCAAAGCUGCAGCUGGGACUAGCUUUAGUGCUCUCAAACAGAUCAGGCAAAAAAAGGAAGAAAAAUCUUCCGGCUUGCUGACUUGCCGCAACCCAAAAACUUCUGCCUCAUCACCCACCGAUCUUUCAAAGUGUGAAGCUAAACCCACGAAGAUACCCAGUUCAUCAUCAACUAAUUCGAUACCACCCGUCAGAAGCUUUGCAGAUUUUGAAAUGAGAUGGGGUAUGUCGAGCCAGCCUGAGCUUCGCUGCUCGGUGCUAGAAGCACUUGAUCAGCGGCAUGUGGCUCGGCUGUUUGGCGAGCAUCUAGAACCCGAAACUCUGGAGCAGAUAAUAGACGCUAUGCAAGUCUUAUUGAAAGCAAACGAAAAAGCAAAAAUCAAGAAGGCUGUUGAACUUCUGCAGGAAAUGGACAAUGUUUCACGGAUGGGAACCUUGACUAUGUUUCUUGGAUCUGAUCAUCAAAAAGUGAUACAAGACCUAUUGAUCAAAUUUCAAGGGUUUGAAGGAAAAAGUGUGAAAUUGAAUAACUGGGGGCUUUGACCUAGGGAUCCAUUUAUAAUUUUUUUUAAUUGCAUAACCAUCAAGGUUAUGAGCUUAUUCAUUCAAACAUCACAAAACGAGUCGGGGAUAUAAAAAGUCAAAUCAAGAUAAAGCGAAGGAAACAAUUGAUAGAUUCUGAACGUCUGGCCUGCAGUUGGUUGCUUUGCCUGACUCGGUUUUCAUUGUUUUUGUACAGAUGUGUUUAUAGUAAAACGGGGGUAAAUAAAAGAAAUCAAAUCAAAUCAUCUGAGGGUGAGGGGAAUUCCUUGGACUAUUGAUCUGGCUGCACAGGUCGAUUGGAGGUCGACCAAUGUGCCACGA